AUGGGGGGAAACGCAACAGGAAAUAAUCGCGACGAGAUCAUAGAUGACGAGGAAGACAUGUCAAGCAGUGAGGAGGAAUCCGAGCCAACUGAGGAGACCAAAAGGAGUGCCAUCAAUAAGGCGCUCUCAAAAAUGGAUUUGGGCGAUGUGAAGUGCAUUAGAUGCAUCAAAUGCAAGAAGGCUAGACCUGAAAUUGACUCGCCGCUAACUGGCGUUGAGCUGGACGACCUAUAUGAUCAUCUUGCCACUGGGGGUGAUGGAGCGCAUACGCCGGAGUCAGACAUCGAUAACGACGUGUCCAGGGCAAACAGAGAUUCGGCGUUCUUCAACAGAAUUGGAGACACGCAUGAACACUACAUGAAACACUUCGCACCUGGCAGUUUCGUAAAUGAUUUGCAGGAGGAUGAAAGCACAGAUGGUACAGAUCUGUACCUUGAUGAAGGAGCUACGCGGCGUGGCGAAUCCCCGGUAAAUACUCCACUACAGCGGAGCGUUUUCCACAGUAUGGAAGAUAUUACUCACACUGGACCGCAUCUGACGCCAGCUGCGGCUAUUAGCACUCCAGUCAGCAUCGAAAUGGAGCCUGUGCCAGGGAAAAUGGAUGCUCUACAGGGACAAAUGACAAUUUUGUCUGCAAUAGAUGAACAGGUUUCCGACCAACAAGUCGGUGCCGAUUCAACAUACGAAGCAGCGGGAAAAUCCACAAAGCAUACAGUGCAUGACCAAAUAUCACCCAUCGAUGUUGGUUCAGCGACUGCCACAUUGGAUAACAAAGACAUCGGUACUGAUGUCAUAGUCGACAAGUUGGACGUCAUUGGAGCGAAAGAAAGCGCUUCUGGUGGCGAGCAGGCAACUCAGCUUGCGGCAGUAAUGCAGGAGCCAACUGAAUCUCCCAUCGACGAAAAAAAAGAUGUACCAACAAAAGACGCUAUUAUGACAGAGACGAAGGCAGACGAAACCAUUGCCAUACCGAGUUACGCAACAGAGACCAUUGUCACACCAGCUGAGGGAAAGGUUGCUUUUGUUACACCACCUAAGACUGAGGUCAGUGGUACGCCAUCCACGACAACAGCUAUUGCUACUCUAGCAAGGCCAAAAGAGGACACAGUUACAUCAGUUGCGGAAACAAAAAUCAAACCUGAGAUUACAACUGCGCCAAAAGUAGAUACGCAGGUCAAGCAUGUGCCAGCCGAGGAUUCUAAAAGUCUAACACCGUUCAAACGUAGUGAUGCAAAAGACUUCGGUACCGUCGUUGAUGCUGAUAAAAAGCAGAGCGCGGCUCCAGUGCCCACCGCUACCGAGAUGCGCAAAGAAACCGUGCCGAAGGCAAUUACCAUGGAGGAAGCUAUGCAAGCAAAUGCCAAAGCUGGAGCCCUCUCUGCAAUGCAACUAUCACCCGGAAAGGAUAUCCUCGCACUGGGCACAGUCAGAGGGGUGCUCACUGUAAUACUUACAGGAGACACUGAUGUGCGGACUGUUCGGCGCAAAAAACAAAAACCCGCAGAUGUCGUCGUUAACGAACCUAUUCCGGAUUCGAUGCUCUGGGGAUUAAUGACCAUCAGCCCCGUAGCAUCUACCGAGGCGCAUUUGAGUGCCAUCAACCACAUACAAAUAGAGGCAGUGGACGCCGAUGACGAAGAAGACACACAGGGAGAAACUGAGGAAAUUGCCACUAUCAUCACCUCAGGAUCGGAUUCAUACCUCAGGGUCUGGUCUUUGCAUUCGGAGGGAAACAAAUACCUUUUGACGCUAAUUGGCGCGCAGGUAAUGCACAGUGACCCUGUGGCUGCAAUUCCAAUUUUCGUUGACGGCCAAGUCCUCGUGGCAUUUGCCGACGGAGAUAUCGAGUGCUGGAAAAUCACAGACAGGGGUACUCCGAGAAUGAAUCGACAGCACAAAAUGAUUUUCACUCAAACAAAGCAGGCUAUCGAUGCCGAGUGUGACAUACUCAGGGUGGAUGUGUCACCCACUGGACAGACGUUCGCCGUAGAGUCGGCGGCUGGAUGGCUGGUGCUUUACGACAGCGAAACGAUGAAGGCGGUGGGAAACGCUGAUUGCAGAAACAGACGUGGAAAAUGGGCAAGUGGGGCCAACGUGACAGGCGUAGACUGGAGCAGGAGGGAAAACCUCAUUCUGGUAACCACGUCCGACUGCCGCAUAAGGCUGCUCACGGCCACCGCGUACGAAGAGGACGAACUUCUGGACCUGGAAAAAUUCAAGGGGCAUCGCAACGUUAAAAUGCCAUUCAAGGCACAGCUCGCCAAUAACGAUGAGUACGUCGUGUGCCCGAGUGAAGAUGGCUUCAUAUACGUCUGGAAGAUCAGCGUAGAUGCAUCCAAGAAAAAUAUCGGUGAAGACGACAUGCAGUCCACGAACACGCAUUUUGUCAGGUUCAAGUUCAACGCGCCCAAAAUACUGCCGCACUUAGCCAUUUUCAACCCCGGAGAGUGGAAACACAUAAGGCAGCUGAUCCUCCAGCAAGAGAAAAAUGGCGCCACGGAGGUCACACCAAUGCCGUCGGUAUCAUGCAAAUGCUUGCCGUUUGGAAAGCACUACACAACGCCGCAAAGCAUAGAUGUCGGAGAUCUAGACACGCAGGAGCACAUACUGCUCGCAGCGCCCGAAAACAGCGGGAGCAUCCUCUACUCCCUCAUAUCCCUAAACGUUCUAUGGAAACAGCUCGGCUGA